CUAGAACUAGAAUUAGAGGAUGUAAAGUUCUACAAGAUACAUCAACGCGGAACGAGAGGCUUUAGGUCGUUGUCCUUGCGCUACUCAACAAGAAAGUAGAUCUGGUGGUCCUUAAUAUUCCCCGUUUGUUCUUCCCGGAUACUCAAAAACUUGUCGAAUUCAUCUGCAGAAAAAUCCGUUCAAUAUUAACCGACUCACCAAGAUGGAGGUCGACGAGGAGGCCGAGACGCAAUGGCUUAUAACCCGCUCAGGUGUUGCAAUCUCAAACGUCACAAUAGAAUAUGGACAUCUGUGAUGCAAGAGUGCGUGAUCUAGCCAACUCUCGUAGGAUUGCGCAUGACAAGUUCCGAAACCCCGAACCCCACUACAAUCUGGCGAAAUUUGUAUUGCAAAAAGUGGAACGCUGUGCGCGUCUGUCAUGCUCAUCAUGCAACACAAAUUCCAGACUCUAUUGUAACGUUUGAGAUUGUAACGUUUGGGCAAGUCAUAUGGCUGUGGUGCUACUCCUGGUGCGGGCGACACCAUCGCCAGCUCCCGCUGCGCGCCCCGUUCGCGAAAGUGCAAGAGUGCCUCCAGGAGAUGGCACGGCAUGACGAGGAAAUAAUCGAGGAAUUGAAGCGGAAAAACGAGCUAACGAGUCUGCAAGUGAAGGCCGAAAGGGAACGGGCGGAAGCAAGGGCGUCGAACUUCAAUGGAGGCAGAAAAACAAGGGUUGUUUUGUUGGAAAGAGACCACGCAGCCAACAUCCUGGCCGACGGGAGGCCAAGAAAAAAUGAGGAUAGCAACGAGGACGUGGAAAUGCCGCCUGCAGAGGACGUCGAUCCAGACAUAAUUCUUGCGGGUGAACAAAAUGAUGCAGCGGCACAACAACCUCCGGGCGGGAUAGUAAAUGGAGACAUGUUGUCUUCUGAUCAUGCAGGAGCUCCUCCGCACAACGAGCAAGAAUCGACGCGUGGCGCCGUCGUGCUGAAUGUCAAUAGCAACGCCGCCGCCUCUUCCUCCUCUUCUGAACAAGAGAUCAGCAACCAAAAGUCGUCCGCAAGCAGCGCAUCCUCCUCCUCUUCGUCCACCACAGCAUGCUCUGCAAUCAAAGAUCCAAACGGGACAACAAUCGGCGUCGGCCCUUCAUCGCCCGAUUUUAGCAGUUCCUCUUCCUCCGCAGCGGAGGUUCUUUUGAGUCAGGGAGGGACGAAAGGCGGCUCGAGCGGAAGUAGGAGUAAAAAACCACAUCAAAGCGAUCAUGUUGAAAAUUACCCAGUUCUCGCCUCCGCGCGGUUCUACUCGGAUCACUGGCCGCUGGUGGGGGUUUCCAGACCAAAAGAAGACGUCGGGGUGUAUCGACUUAUCUGCAACAUGGAGAGAGCAAGGCGACACGGUAUUGCUUUUUUAGAAAUUUUCAUGUUCAAGCUGAUAGGUCGUUGUUCCAUGGAAUUGAUGUGAUACUGAAGUGUAAUCAGUCUCAGAGGUUUACAGGCAGAGGAAACUCGUAUUGCUCCUGUGCAUGAAAACGUAUUCUCACUUAUCCCAGUAGAACCACGAAGGUGAAAUGUGAAAUCAGUAUGGUAUAGCUAUAGUGAUGUUCAAACACGACCAGGUCUCACCCACAAUCCGCUCCUGACGUGGCGGCAAACGGUCGACGAUCCGCGCGACCCAGAGACGAUGCUCACCCCGCAGGAGUGUUUUUUUCUCCGACCCGAGGCCGUGCCGCUCGGCGUUCCGCCCGCCCUGAACUACGCGAUUUUGCUGACCAAAACGCACGAAUUGCCGAAUCCGGUGGAAACGAUGUUUCACCUCCACUACGAGAAGUAUUUUGAAGAGAACAUGGCCGAUGAGGAGAGCGAACACAUAUGCAUUUUGCAAACAUGUCGGGGAGAUAAACAGGAUUCAUUCCCAUGCCAAAAGAGAUUGCUCAAAGGACAACAAGAUCUGUCAGUAAUAGAUGACUUCGAUCAUUCGCAAAAUGAUACGAGCCCCCCAAGCUGUGUUUAUGUCGUACGAAGGACUGCGGUACGGUGCGAGUAUCACCAGCAACACAAAUUUACUUUCCACACGAUGUUGACACACUCAAACAUGUUUGCGAUGUAUCACACAGCCUUGACUUCGAGUAUCAAAGUGAAAAAAGCCCCCACCCCAUAUCGGAAACGGAAGAUGCGCGAAUUUGUGAUGCUGUAUUUGAGUACACAAAUCGACUUGUAUUGCUAGAAGGCCAAGAGACGAAGCUGCGGCCUAAAUUGCAGGCAAUCUGUCAUGCUGUUUGCCACUUCCAGUUGCCUCCUGUCAUCCUGGAGCUGCAAGGCUUUCCCACGCUAGACAGCACUACAGUCCGCAUCUUUUGCCUUCUAGCAUCACAAAGCUGAUUUGUGACCACAAAUCUGCAUCACAGAUUUCCGUUUUGAUAUGGGGAGGGGGCAUUUUUCAUUGUAAUAUCGAGACGCUCAAAUUCCUAAACGCGUACAAGCAGUCGCCCCUGGGAAAUCUCGACUGGCAGAGACGGAACUACGCGUUCUGUUGCCAGUAUGGUAGUGUCAGGAUUGAAAUCGUCAAAGUUGAAAUCACUUGUAAUGCAUAAAAUGCAACGCACAGACUGCCUCUAUUGCAGAGGACGCAAGGGAUGCAGAUUGUAGUGCUGGUAAGGGUCGAGAAUUGGGGUGCUGAUUAGCAUCACAGAGGGGAGCCCCUUUGCCCUAAACGACAUGACAAACUGGCUUCCGGUACGGACCAAAUUUGUCAUGCACCGACGAGAAACUGCGGGUCCAAUUGGUAUCGAUUUUAUGCAUUACAAGUUAUUUCAACUUUGUCGAUUUCAAUCCUGACAUUCCCAUAGCCAGUUUCACUUGGCGGACCUGUGCGCGAAAACGAAUGUGCACCUCCACAACCGGGCCUCGACAUAUUUUGCGCGGCUGUGUCUGGAAGCGUGCAAGGCGUUCAACACCGCGACUGGGCAGUACGCCAUGAUGAAUACGUGGACGACGGUCACGCACAUGGUCUACCACUUUCUCCGCACCUUGCCGCGCAAACCGGUUUAUGACCCGCUCUGCUUGAACAGAACGCCAGAAGUAGAUGGCGGGGAAAAAGAAGACCCUCAAGAAAAAACAGCGCAAGAAUUGUCCUCCUCAUUUCCCGACCCACGGCGGUUCUUCAAUCUGCCCCAGUUCCUAUGCAUUGCAAAUAUGUCUGGGUCUGGAAGAGUGUAACUUGUCAUGCUACAUCUGGAUCGUGGAAAAAGUUUUGUUGCAUGAUUACCAAAAGAGGUUCACUUUUGAACAAGUCUAGAGGCAGUUUCUCAUGCGGAAAAGGCAUGAUAGAGAUGUCACAGAACCUGUCAUGCUAGGCCGUGCAUGCCAGACCUCAUGGGUCAUGGAAAACCUGCAUGACAAGUCUGGCACUCUUUCAGACCCAGACAUUUUUGCAUUUGAUAGUUCCGUUUUGGCGACGAUGCCAAUUAUUUGGGCCGUUUCGACCCCCUCACCUGCAGCAUCGACAACCCGGUGAAACUAUCAAAUGCAAAAAUAUCUAGGUCUGGAAGAUUUUGAGAUUUGUCAUGCUUGUUUGGCAUGACCAAAAAGUUUGUGAUGCGUGUCCAAGAAGAGACCCUUUUGCCUGUCAUGCAAAAACGCAGUUUGUCAUGCGAAAAACGCAACACAAAGAAGCGCAGAUAUUCAUAUUUCUCAUCCUACCUCAUGCUUGCCUGUGCAUUACAGAGCAUUCACUAUUCCCAACGCAGCAUUACAAGUUUCCAGACCGAAACAUUUUUGCAGUUGAUAGAAACCAGAGCCGCUCAGCGAAGAGGCGGAAGAAGAUUUCCAGCGGUGCAAACAAACCUGGGUCUUCAACGCUUUGGAGUUCCUCGACAACCUAAAAACCGAGCUGGCGGACCCGAAGUACACCUCGUCUUGCAAGCUAACCGACCCGUAUUUGUCAAAGUUUCACGACGUGUGGGGUGCGCUGGAAUCGGGCGGCUUUCUGCCCAAACUGUAUCCAAGAAAAAAACUGCGUAAGUGUAAAUCUGUGAUGCAGAAAAUGCAAAACAGUUAUACUUGUCAUGCUCGACAUGCGUGAUCGGCUCGCUUCCUAUGUGUUUUCCCUUACUAUCUGUGCAUAACAAGUUUUUCCUGUCAUGGCAGCCGAACUUGUGAUGCAGUUUUCCCAAAAGACUUAGAUGAACGCAGUUUUUUUCUUGGAUAAACUGAUGGACCUGUUGAUUGCGGGUCUGUUGGCAAAAAACCGCCUGCACACAAUCGGCCCGAUGGUCACGACGGCGCUGGAAGCCAUUCACACUCUCGUAGAGGCCGAAGUCAAGAAGAAAAUACUCAACGCGAGUGCAACUACUACUGAGGCUAUGAACAACAAUUUUGCUGGGAACACGAACAACGAGUUGAGUGCCGCUUUUCUGGAAAGCAAUCUGGUUGAAGAUGAAGAGACUCAUCAAAACGAAGAGGAAAUAUCAAAGCCCUUCCAACCGAUCCCCGAACUGGUCGAGAAGCUGUCCUUGCUGGGCCAUUUGGCUAAGAAGAACCUGCUUUUGGAGGCAAAAAUCGACUGCGAUAAAAUUUUCCCCAUCCUGCAGCAGAUGUUCAUUCACCAGCACCUGGACGUAGCCGUGGAGAAUUCUGUGCAGUACGUGCAACCAGUCUUAGAUGUGAUCGCGGCAAAUUUCCGGGCAAGAUACACCACGCCGAGCUGGGAGGUGAUUGAUGUUCCUGUGGAGGAACGGGAAGUAGUAGUAGACCAGGAGGAACAUAAUCAAAAUUGUACACGGGAGCAAGUUGUGUCUUCCUGUAGCAGCGACAAUCAACCUGAUGGUCCUAAAAAUGUCCCUGCCGACGUCGAGAUGGAAGCCGGCAAAAGUACUGAAGAUCUUUCAGGACCGCCUUCAUGCACCGCGGCGCCGACAUCAAAAGCCUCAUGGUCCCCAGUCGGCGCACCAUCGACAACCUCCGCUGACAAGAAAACUGCCACGUCCAAGCUUAUUUACCACCCGUCAUUACAACACCGCGUGCGGGAGUACUAUCGGGCGCAUCACCUGCCGAACCGCGGCAGAAGUACUACUGCCCCACGACCAGUGGCUGAGAGUAACGCAGGUGCAACAGCAGCAAACAGUAGCUCCUCCUCCUCAUCACGUGAUAGAAUUGCUGGUCUGACUCAACAGCAUCAUGAUACGGCCGCAGGCGAAGAAGGAGCGGUUGCUGCAAAAGAAGCAGCGGAAGUAAUAAAUCCCUCGUCCUCACCACCGAAGAACGAGGAGCAGGACCUCGUACAGAUGGUGCACAAAAAGCUGCUGGGCGGGCCGGCGGGCAUACUGUUGCAGGAAAACAAGCGAAAUAAGAACAAGAUGAACAAGAAAACCACCGCAAACAGCUCCUCAAGCAGUAGUUCAAGUAGUUCGUCUUCUUCCUCUUCUUCCUCUACCCCGGCGCCCAAGAACAAGUCAACAGCGCCGCAUCUUCCGAACCGCAAAAGGCGGGAAAACCCGUCGAUUUGGUGUUUCAGUGACAUGUUUGAAGAGGCGGCCUGUCGAGCGGGAGGAGGAGGUGCGGGGGGUACUGGUACAACUUCUACUGCAGGAGGAGGAAAAAACAUCAUAACCGGUGGAGGUGCAACAAUAAAUUCCACUUCUUCCUCGCCCGGGGUUCCACUGCUUCCCUCCAACAUUCCAAAGGACUUUCCAUUCUACAAGUGUGCCGGCACUAGUACUAAAGGCAGUACAGGUUCUUGUGGCAGAACGUUUCUCUCCUCCCUCUCCGAAGGGAGAUCUUUUCUUGCCGAGAAGAACGAGGAGGACGAGAAAAAAACCUCAUCUUCUGAAGAAGACGUUCUUGAACAUCAGCCGAAAACUAGUACACAACAACUACCAGCAGUCGUAGACCCUCUCUACGACGACCCCAAAGGCCGGCAGCCCACGGAAAUCUUCUUGGCCAAAUUGCUGAACGCGAAGACGUAUGCACUGCGAAAGCUGUAUCGUACUCGCAGUGAUUGCUGUUAUGCAUGACAAAUCUCUUUCCUAAGGAGAAAUACACCAUUACAAAUUUCAUUUGUAAUGCUGAGCUCAUUUGUAAUGCAAUUUAGUACUGAUGCUUUUGCAUUCGAUAAGACGAGCGCGCCUUUGGUGCGUACCCUCGCGGAGUGGUACAUCACGAAGGGGAAAGCGGUGCAGCGACUCGACCCGGGGACCUCAACGCAUUCGACGGAAGAAGACACGUAUCCACGACGAAAAAAAGAAAAACUGUGUCAGUUUAUAGUGUCUUGGGUAUUAGUGACAGCAUAACCAAUCUGUUCUGCAUGACAGACAUCAAAGCCUUGGCCUGUCAUGCACAGCUGCUAGUAAAGUAUCAGUGAAAACACGUAUGAGAUAGGACGCCAUGGGUGGCUAGCAUGACAAGUUCAAGUGUAGCAGUGCUGGAUGCUUUACAUCACAGACUUACACUCACGCAUUUUUUUUGUCUUGCAUAACACGGGCGACGUGGUGGUGCACCGGUCCGCGGCGCUCUACACGCUGUUCGGCAGCGAACUCUUGUUCACGACGCUGUUUUACCGAGUAAUAAAAGCCUCCGAUUUCGACAGUUCUUUCAAUGUUCCCCCCGACACCGAAAUACCCUUGAUCCGGCGGUUAUGGAUGUGUCAGGAUCGAAAUCGACAAAGUCGAAAAAUUUGCGAUGCAUAAAAUGUAGGGCACUGGAGGCCUGUAUUGGGGAGCAGGCAAAUGAGACCGAUUGCAAGCCUGUUUAGGGGUAUGUAAUGUGCUGUCAGAGCAGCAUGACAGGAGCAGUCUUCUUUGCCCAAACAGCAUGACAGACUGGAUUUGGGUGCUCCCGAAAUUUGUCAUGCGCCAUUUACAAACUGAGGCUCCAACUGGUAGCGGUUUUAUGCAUCACAAAUUUUUCGAUUUUUUCAAUUUCGGUUCUGACACUUCCAUAGCGGUUUCUCACCUUUUUCCACGCGAUUUUGGCGCACCCCAACGCGUAUCAAAUGCAAAAGCGUCUGGGUCUGGAAGAGUGGAACUUGUAAUGUUGUCCGCGGAUUCUAAAAAUAUCUGUGUUGCAUGAGCAGAAAGAGGAGUCAGCUCUCGGCACGCAGAGAGGGCAUUUGUCAUGCGUAACUAGCAUCAAGAAGCUCUCAACGAAUCUGUGAUGCUAGCAACAGCAUCACAGACCUGACGGGUCAUGCAAAGCGUGCAUGACAAGCCCCGACUCUUCUAGACCCAGACAUUUUUGCAUUUCAUAACGCGGUCGGCACCGUGGCGGCCUGGUGCCACCCGACGGGCCCGUUUGCCUUCAUCGAGCCUGUGCCGAGUUGCGGAGGGACGUCGGGGGGUAAAAAUUCUAGGCCGCAAGGGCAGCAUUCGCACGACACCAAAAAUAGAAACCCAAGCGCGUCCCCAAAGACAACGACCCCGGCCGGUGCCGCCGGAGCUUUGUGCCCGCCGAGUUUGAUGAACAACAGCAAAACUGCUGCUAGUGGGCUCACUUCAUCCUCCGGAGUUGUAGAGAGUGCGAAUUCUUCGACGCAAGGUGCAGCAACUACGGGAGCCGCUGCUACAUCGAGCUCCAGCUCGUUUGCGGCGGAUAGUUCGAGUACUGGACCUCCAGGACCCACCGACAAAAAAGUUGUAGACCCGGGGCGUCAUCAACCGCAGCAAUUACCAUCGUCUGGAGGAACACCUACGACAACGACAACCACGACUUCCUCCUUUGUCCACUACAGGGUUCACCAGGAUGGCGUGGUGCGCGUCAAGCACUUGUUGCAGAACCUCUUCGACUGGUUUCUGCACGCGGUGGUGCGAAAUCCCAACAUCGCCUCGUGGUUAGAACAACAGAGCCCCGCCGCGCAGAUGAACCCCUCGCCUCCGGAGCGGAAGCGCAAAAAGAAGAACGGUAGCUCGUCGGCGUUUUCCCCGCCACAGAGAGUUGGUGGGGGGACUACGACAGGAAAUGGUGGCCGGACAAGAGCUAUGAACUGCAAAUAUGUCUGGCUACAAGAAUGCAAGACUUGUCAUGCACAUUUUGCAUGACCCAUGAUGUAGUCUGUGAUGCAUGCCCUAGCAUCACAGACUUUCGGAGGCGGCCUUUCUGAUGGUGCGUAGAGUGCAUGACAAAUGCCCUCUCCGCGUAGCACAAAAUCGACUCCUCUGGCUGGUCAUGCAACACAGGUUUUUUUGGAAUCCGAAGACAGCAUCAGAAGUUGCAUCCUUCCAGACCCAGAGAACAACAUGUUUGCAUUUGAUAAGAGCAGACGGGAAGGAUGUGAGUGAUGAUGACGACGAAGAUGAAAAUGCGAACCGUAGGAUGAAAAUGAGAGCACGACUACGAGCUGCAGGUGGGUGUGGGAAGAAACCUAAUACUAUCAGCCGGUCGGACGACGACGAGGCCAUGGGCGAUGAUGAAGACGAGGAGCCGAAACACUCCUUUCCCGGACCGCUAAUGAACAAGAAUCGCGGUGGAAGAAAUAGCGGAUCUGGUAUUGGUCCACAACUUAUGGGUAGUGGAACCACCACCAACAACACAACUGCUGCAGGACAGCACAACAACCAGCAGAGUGGCAAGCGAGCGGCAGGUCACCAGAACAAGAACUUCAUAUCCUCGCCCAACAAUCUCACCGCACAAGGCUUUGGCGCACUGGAAGACGGUAGUGGUCGGGGGGGAAAUCGGAAAAAUGAUCCGGGCACUUCUACCAAUGCCGCUGUCCCCGACGGCGCGGAUUUGUACAACCACAUCAACGAAUUUUUCUCGACAGGACACACCGGCGAGGACGGAGAAGGGGACGACGAUGAAAAUGAGGAUUGCGACAUGAUGACAACUGGAGCUACUACUGCGACUGGCCGGCCAAGAACGAUGCCCAUGCCUAUGAUCCAGCAGAUGUCUCUGCAGCAGGCGUUGCAUACAAGAAUUAUGUCUUGGACGGUCGUUAACAUACAGAAGGGUGAAUUUGCAGUGAAUUUGUAUUGCGUGGCAUGAUGCAUGAAUUAGAGGGCAUAUGAAGAGCGCGAGAAGGACGCCAGGCAGUCAGCGUUCCGUGUAAGUAGUUGAAAGGCUGUCACUUGCCUGGUGCCACUUGGAUGGUGACGCUCACUGUCAGAGCCUAAAGUAGAGACGCACGUCUUUGCAGCUGCCUGGUGCGUUGCCAAGAAGUAAAGACUGCCUCUGCGGAGUUCAUAGUGGGUCGAGAGGGAGGGGGCCGAAGCCUCAACAGGAGAGGGGCACUGGGUGAGCAUCUAAAUGGGUAGCUCUCACGGGUUGCGGCUGGCUCGGCUUGGAUGUCUGGAGACAUGUUGCAAUGGAUGCUAGCAUCGCCUGCUUGUUUGCUCUGUAGCUUGCUUCUUCCCAGCUGUGUUCCUGCCUCAUCUUGUUCGGGUCCUCGAGUCUUCUUCGACGUGAUUCCCAGGUCAGGAAUUCUCCUGGUGAAUUUUGGGACUUUUCCUUUUUUUGAAACUUUUCUGGAGCUCCAAAACCCGGAGUUUCUCACGCGCUAGCGAAUUUUGAAAAGGAGCCGGAGGCCAAAAUUCACCGGCGCCCUUUUCAAAAUUCACCCCAAAAUUCACCGGGCGCCCAUUUUCGACCGUGAUAAGCAAACUUUAGCGCAGAAAAGUGCUCAAGGAACUCCGCAAAUAGACCCUGGGAAGCGGGGCCGAGGGGAAAAGACGAGCGCCCUCUGCUGCCCUCAGCCCGUCUAUAUUCUGCCGAAAAGGCCGGAGAGUUCACGCGCCUGCCGGAUAGACGCGCCAAAGCUCUCGGCCUGGUCCUUUCGCCCUUGCCUUCGCGCCUUCUUGCCUAAUUGCAUUUGCUUCGCAGCGCUUUCUUUUUGGCGUCUCUGCCCCGGCUGCUGCAGUGCUCUUAUGCGAGCACAGGGAGACGAAUAGACAUGGCCAAAGAACGGCACCCAGGCCAUGUCUAGAAGCUGCCCGCCGCAUAAGCCUUGAAUUCUGCGGUGUGCAGAUCGCACUUCCCAGAAGGGCAAGAGGGACAAUGUACCGGCGGACCCACCUGCAAUUUGUCAUGCAAAAUUCACUACAAGUGCGCAACUUCUCAUGCUAACGGAUGUUAAAGCUCUAGUCCUGCGACUGGCCGGCCACGAACGAUGCCCAUGCCCAUGAUCCAGCAGAUGUCUCUGCAGCAGGCGUUGCUGAUGCGCCAGAUGGAGAGCGUCGGUUUCCUGGCCGGUGGGGCUAUUACAAUGAAAAACGCCCCCACCCCCGAACUUGGGAGCAUUUGUAUUGCAAUUCUUUCCAAAUGAAACAUUCGGCCUCUUGCAUCUAUCACCAGCAUCACAGGUUUCCAAUCGUGAAUUAUAGCAAAAAUUUGUAUUGCAAAAGACCUCAACAAGAGCGGCGCUUGUCAUGCAAGCGAUGCGAUAUACGCCUAGACUCUGCAUCAGAAAGACAAAGACUCGCACUCCUUUUAUGCAUGAGAAAAAGUUUUCAUGUGGAGAGGGAGACUUCGCAUCGCAAAUUUUUGCAAUUUCAGGGGUGGGGGGCACUCUUCACUGUAAUAGGGGCUGCAGCUGGUUCCAACGCGGCCGGCGGGACAAACAUGAUGAUUGGACCCGCGGCGCCUCCUCCGAGAGUUGCUAACGGCAGUGCAACUCCCAACGUAGUUGGUGGAGCAACUGCAACCACGGCUGCUACAGGUGGUCCCGCAGGUGGAGUACAACAACAACCUGCCGUGGCCCCGCCGACCCGGAGACUGCGGGGGAUCCGCCCGCCCCUGCCGGGUACUGCGGCCUACGCGCGGGCCGCCAUGUACUACUCUUCGAGCGAGGACGAAAACGCGCAGGAGGACGACUGCGACGCGCAGUAUCAAUUGCAAAUAUGUCUGGGUCUGGGAGAUCGCGAGAUUUGUCAUACUAGUCUGGCAUGACUCUAAACUCUGUAUUGCGUGCCCGCGAAGAGCUCUUCUUGUCUGUCAUGCAAAAACGCAGUUUCUCAUGCGGAGUACGCAACUCUGAACCACGGAAAAACUUGCCAUACUGGGCGGCGCAUUACAGUGCGCUCACUCUUCCCUUUCUUGCAUCACAAGUUUCCAGACCCAGACAUAUUUGCAUUUGAUACGCAGAGCGACGCUGCUAACCCGGGCUCGGACGACGACGACGCGGGCCUGGCGCAGUACGUGCUAGGCGUCGGACCGUACGGCCUAGUGACGGCUGGUGGGCUGGUUGCGGAUCAAGAGGAGGACGAAGACGACGCCAUCAUGAGUGAUCUGAACGCAAUUUUCAGGGAAGGCAACCACGAAGCAGAUGACGAGUCGACAGACAAUGAAAUGCCCUCCUCGCCAGCGGCGGAGGUAAAAAUAAAUCCCGAUUCCGAUCAUUAUAUAUUCUGUUUGCAGCUGAGAAAAAAUCUAUUAUGAAUGGAAUUCAUCUCGCAUAGUACUCUUUUUGAAAAGUAGUCCUAUCAAAAUGAAUCGUAGAAAUCGUCUAUCACAAGAAAAAGUGUUAACAUUAACGGUUUUCACCGAUUGCAGUCAUGCAUCACAAAUGUAGCCCAAUAUGCAUGCUAUGCAUGACAAAUUUUGGCACGUUUAGCGAUGGUGAUGCAUUGCUGCAUCACAAAUUCCGUUAACGCUAACACUUUUUCCUGUGAUAUCGUCCUCCUCGUCCGCCCCUUCGCUGUCCGAUUCGGAUGCCGUAUGAACUGCAAAAGUAUCGUACUCGUAGUAUUGCAACACAAAUUAGCUCAGCAUGACAAACGGAAUUUGUCAUGCUGAUUUAGCUUGGAAAUGAAAUUUGUCUUGCAUGAUUGCAAUUAUUACUACGAGAAGAAUACUUUUGCAGAGCAUAUGCCAACGACCACACCAACUUCCUGAAGCAGCAAUUCCGCAGUUACCACAUCCUCCUGUGCGAGAUCGUUGCCCUGGUCCGCGAGAAGAUUCGCCUCGCGGAGCCCUUUGCGCGGCUGAUGAACAAAACCGAACCGCUGCCCAAACGGAGGUGUCUGGAGUCUCCGGGAAGCGGACAUCAAGCCGUCGGGGCGAAUGGCGGAAAGGCAGGUGCAGUGGUCUCGGAGAAGAGCCCGGAACUGGUGGCGCCGCAAGGUAUAUUCUGAUCAAUUUUUCUUAGCAUGUAAGUUUUCUCAUGAAUGCCUGACGGCACGACAGGUUGUGCAUGCAGGACAUCAAAGAUGGAUUGACUUGUGAUGUUCUGAACCAUGGGAAAGCAAUAUUCCUAUCAGGUGAAGGCAUGCCACAGUGCUUGCUGGACCUCGACGAGCAUUGCAAAAAGAUGACGCGGCUGCUUCAGCAAAUCGCGGCGCAUGACCCACCUCUGUUGCCCCACGUGCAGCAGCUGCUCGUCUAGUUGCUAGUACCAUUCAAGUUUCCUUCUUGAAGAUGCACAGCACGUCGAGGGUGCAAAUACGAAAUGAAAGUACAGAUGAAAUAACCCUUGUGACCAACUUCGACUUCCUGUACAGACAAAGACUUCCCCACGGAGCGUACUAAACUGUACAUCAAAGUAUUUUUUUUGUUUACAACGAAUCAAAUCUAUCUCCUCUCUUUCGUGAUGAAAGCCUAUAUUCUUCAUUGUCAAAUGAGAUAUAAGAAUCCAAAAACUCUAUAGUACUCUUGAAAAUCACACUCGGUUGUUGUAGCCAUUGGUAAAAGAUAGAAACGGUGUCUCCGGUAUAAAAAUUUGAGAAGUUUUUUACAACACAAACCCAUUGUUCUCGAUGACGACAUUUUUAUUUCGAUCAUUUUGUACAAGAAACUUUGUAAAAGGUAGACUUGGCCACGAAAAUAAAUUGACCUUCGAUUGUGAUUGUUGCGAAGAAAAAACGCAUCGAAAAAAUGAAGCGUACGUCGUGGCUUGGUUGUUCCACUUUCAAAGGAGCUUGGUCUUUGAUCGUGGUAUAUGUGAAGAUUAUUCGUGCACACCAGUGGUGCUGAUGUCCAUGGUCCAUCAAAGCAAAUCGUCUUCGUGUCAAAUUUUGCGCGCAAAAACC